AUGUGGCGCCAGCGGCAGUGGAUUCUUCAAGAUGGCAGCGUAGGCAUCUGCAGCCCAAGCCUGGCCUGGCAGUGGCCUCUUAGUUGCAGAUGGAAUUGCAAUAGCACCAAAUUUCAAAGAAAGCAACAAUUUGUUCUGCAUGAGAAGAGGUCUGCUGCAGAAUAUGUGAAGAUACACUUGCCCGAGGCCUUGAAACAACAUCUUCAAGAUUACGAGAAAGAUAAAGAAAAUAGUGUGUUAUCACAUCAAACAAUCUUGGAACAGCAGAUUCUUGCAAUAGACCGCAAAGUGCUCGAAAAACUCUCAGUUGCCUAUGAUGAAGCAGGCACAACAUGUCUGAUUGCAUUGCUGUCGGACAAAGAGCUAACUGUUGCAAAUGUUGGAGAUUCUCGUGGUGUACUAUGCGACAAAGAGGGGAAUGCUGUUCCCCUUUCACAUGACCAUAAACCUUACCAGUUGAAGGAAAGAAAACGGAUAAAAAGAGCAGGUGGUUUCAUAAGUUUCAAUGGUUCAUGGAGGGUCCAAGGAAUUUUGGCAAUGUCUCGUUCUCUGGGAGAUUACCCUCUUAAAAACCUCAAAGUCGUAAUCUCUGACCCUGAUAUUCUGUCUUUUGACCUGGAUAAACUACAACCACAGUUCAUGAUAUUGGCCUCAGAUGGUCUCUGGGAUGCUUUCAGCAAUGAAGAAGCUGUGAGAUUCAUCAAAGAACGUCUUGACGAGCCACACUUCGGAGCAAAGAGCAUUGUUCUGCAGUCUUUCUACAGAGGAUGUCCUGAUAACAUAACUGUAAUGGUGGUAAAAUUCAGAAACAACAGUAAGACAGAAGACCAGUGAAUGACAUUGAGCACGGGGGCAAGGUUCUUCAAGUAAUGCUGUGCAAAUGUUAGCAAUGUGUGUGAUAAUAAUAGUAAAGGUCAUGAUAUUUACAUCCGAAUGGUCAGUGCUAGACGGCUUGUAGAAUUGGACAAACCAAGUAGCUGCACAUUCAUUUUAACUGACUGAGGUCAAAAUAUCAUCCUUUUUAUCAAUAAUCAUUUUCAAAUCUCUUCUAAUAUUUCUAUUAUAUGUAAUACAAUGCACAGUGCAAAUCUUAUGCUACAAUACUAAACUAAUUGUGAUCAACAGUUUUAUAAAGAAUAGCCAAUUUAAGCAAUAAAGCAAAAACUAAUUAACAUUCAGGAUCCCUGUUGCUGAUUCAGUGGUUUUCAUAAUCAGUAAAACAGCUACUGAGCAGACAUUCAUUGAAUUGAAAAAAUGUGAAUAAAUUUAACUAACACCGACAGAAGAAGAAUUCUUUUAAAAAUGUGUAUGAAAAGGAAAAUAAAUGUGCAUAAUUUACAGCAUAAAUUCUUAGGCACAUAGUAUAUGAACAGUUGACAUGUAACAAAGAUUUAGUUAUUUGGAGUUGCCUCUCUUUAUAGUUUUCUCCUGGCACAGACACUAUGAGUUACUGAAUCUUUUCUAUCACUAGGAUGAUAGGUUUGUAUAACUUCUCAGUGGUCUUCCUCUUGCUGCUUUAUGAUCAGCUGAUAAUGUCAAUAGCUUCUGGGUAAAAAAAGUCUCUGUACAUUGUGCCAACUAAAUCCUGGCUACACAGUUACCAAAUUCAAGCAUUUUCCACAGUCUACAGUAAUGAUUUUCAAUUAACAGAAGUUAAUAUAAUGGAAGACGUAAAAUUUGCAGCCAAUUUGACAUUACUCCUUUUGCACUUUUGCAAAAAGUCAAAAUUAUCCCCACGUGUGCUCUGCCUAUCUUUACACGAUAAAUAUUUGAAGUAGCUUUCUCAGACAUUAGUGAAUUAUGCAUGAUCUGUCAUACCAACCUCACAUUUUAAACUAAAGAUUUCUUUUUCUCAGUAAGACUCACAGAUCAUUGUCAAUCAAUCACAAUUCUACUUUUCAUUAGCAUGUUUGCCAAAGUGGCAAGUUUGGAAUGAAUCAGAUCCAAUCCAAUUUUUCUUAGCUGUAUGUAGGACAUAGACUAUAAAGAGCUCAGCAUUGUGCUAGUCAACUCUUGUAAUCCUAUUUUUUGGUGAGGGUCAACUUUGUUGUAUGCAGAUGGUGCAUUCCACUUCACAAGAUGUAACUAGUUAAACAGUCAGUAAAAAGUUAAAUUAGGAUUCAGAUUUGCCUCCCUCUUUACUGCUAGGGCUAAGGGAUUAAUUUUAUAUGAACAAGAAAUUGGUUUCAUUGUUAUAUCUACGCAGUCAGUGUUGUGACAAAGUAGUUACUCAGUGACUUGGCACGGUGGCUCAGUGGUUAGCACUGCUGCCUCACAGCACUCAGGUCCCAAGUUUGAUUCCAGCCUCGAGUG